UGGAAGCCACAUUUGUCCUCACUCCUCUCCACCAGUGAGAGUUUUGUGCUGCACUCCACAAGCCCCAGCACAUAAUCCUUUCCUGUACAUGUGCCUGCUUGACUCAGUACAAACCCAAUAUUUCUGAUAAUUGUGUGGCCUGAUACAAUUCACUUAGAGUUCAGUGAGAGGAGGAGCCAGCUGUGAAAGACAGCGUUGCUGACUUUGCUGCUUACCAAGAUUAUUAGGUGGAGAGGGGAAAGGACAGACAGACAGACAUGUCUUCAGAAACAGCCCAAAGUAAAGUUCAGGUAUCUUCACAGCAACAAAACAAACAGUCUGGUAUCCACUGUCCUAUCUCAGAUGCUCACAUCAAUAGAAAAGAAGUAGAAAGGAUCAGUCGAGAAUGUAGAAACGAAAGUUUCUGGUACAGAGGUCUUCCCUUGUCUCUAGGAAGUAUGCUAAUCACUCAAGGGCUAAUUUACAAUGAAACAACUGCUGAACACCUGGCCAAAGUGAAAAUAAAUGGAGGACUUAAUAGGGGCUUCCUCUCAUCGAACCCAAGAUUUGGAUCAUUACCUAAAAUUGCAUUUGCUGGUGCCUUUGGUCUUGCCAUUGGGACGAUGUCAUACAUACGAGUAUGCCAGAGGAAGUUCCAAAAUAUAGGAGUUCAGCAAUUUGGUCCAGAACAUAAAAGGCACUGUCGUCAUAUCUGCAAGGAAUGCGAAGCAAAUUUUGCAUCUAAUGGACGGGAAAACUCGAAGCCUUCAGCUUCAUAAUCCCAGAUCACAUCUCUUCUUUUUAAGAAGUUACUUCAUAUCUUGAUAUCUGAAUUGUAGAACUGACAAAGAUGACAAAAUACUGCAGAAAAAGUCUCUUCCUUCAAUAGCUUAUUCUGGACAGAAGAAAUUAAGCCUACAGUCAGGUGUAAACCAAUACACUGUGAGGAUUGGGCUAAUUUUAAAAAAGUUUGCCUAUAUAAUAAAUGCUAAUUUCUA